AUGGCAAUUGCAGAAAUUAGAAUCAUAUUGCUUCUGCUAUCCACAUCCAUUUGGCUUCUUUCAUCAUCAUCUUCACCACCCAGCUCUGAAUCAUUCCCUCUCGCCAAACCCGGUUGCGCAGAUCGCUGCGGCAACCUAAUCAUCCCAUACCCAUUUGGGACGACCCAAGAAUGCUCUUACGAUGAUCGCUUUCUGAUCAAUUGCAACCAAACAUUUGAUCCUCCCUUACCCUUUUUUACAGCGGCCAAUAGGAGAGUCACCAGCAUCACGCUCGAGGGAAAGUUGAAAAUGAUGCAGCCCAUAAUAAGGCAUUGCUACAACAAGGCAGGUGAAUUGAUCAGAGCCGACUGGUCCUCGUUCCUAUCCAGCUUCAUGAUCUCCCCAACUGACAACAAGCUUGUCUUUCUUGGCUGCGACACUCAAGCUGAAGUCAUGUUUUCUCGAGGUAGUAAUCGGAGCCUGUUAUACAAAUUAGGCUGCUCCAGUACUUGCAACAGCCUUGAGUACGUAGACAGCAGCUCAUGUUCAGGUGUGGGGUGUUGCCAGAUACCAGUCGCUGUUGACAAACGAGUAAAUUAUAUUUUCAUAAAUAUGAGUAGCUUUAACAAUCAUAAGCUUGUUUGGGAGUUCAAUCCAUGUAGCUACGCUUUUAUCGUUGAGGAAAACCAGUUCAAUUUUUCUUCAAAGUAUCUUGGCGGUCUGGGAACAUUAAGAGAGCUGCCUUUGGUUCUUGAGUGGGUGAUUGGCGGUGCAAGUUGCAAGGAAGUGAAAGAGAAAAUGAUGCGUAAUGCUUGUGAGGAAAAUAGCCAGUGUUACGAUUCAGAAACUGUGUUUGGAUAUAAGUGCAAGUGCCAAGAGGGUUAUCAAGGAAAUCCGUACUUGCCUCAUGGUUGCCAAGAUAUAGAUGAAUGCAAAAGUCGAAGUCUCCAUAAUUGUUCACACGCUUGCUCUAACACAAAGGGAAGCUUUACAUGUUUGUGCCCAAAACGACAUCGUGGGGACGGAAGGAUAGGCGGGGAAGGUUGCAUUCUUGAGGAAUCUUUAUUAAUCCAUAUUACUGUCGGUUGCAGUGCAGGAUUUGGCAUAAUGGUUUUAGUGAUUGGUAGUUUGUGGUUAAGGAAACAAGUGAAAAGAAGGAAGAAAGUAAAGCUUAAGCAAAGAUAUUUUAAGAGGAACGGAGGAUUGAUAUUACAACAACAAUUGUGUGGCAGUAGUGAUGAGAGUAAUAUGGAAAAAGGAAAAUUGUUUAGUGCUAAAGAGUUGGAGCAUGCUACUAACAAUUAUAACGAGAAUAGAAUUUUGGGUAAGGGAGGACAGGGCACUGUUUAUAAAGGGAUGUUAGAGGAUGGGAGAAUCGUAGCUAUCAAGAAAUCAAAAGUUGUGGAUGAAAGUUACCUUCAACAAUUUAUCAAUGAACUUGUGAUUCUAUCACAAAUUAACCAUAGAAAUGUGGUAAAAUUACUCGGAUAUUGUUUAGAGACUGAAGUUCCUCUACUUGUUUAUGAGUUCAUCCCAAAUGGAACACUAUCUCACAUAAUUCAUCAAACUGAUAAUACCGAAUUCCUAUUUACUUGGGACAUACGUUUACGAAUCGCCACAGAAGUUGCAAACGCUUUGUCUUAUUUACAUAGUGCUGCUUCAAUGCCUAUUUAUCAUCGUGACAUCAAGUCUACAAAUAUAUUAUUGGACGAAAAAUAUAGAGCAAAGAUAUCAGACUUUGGGACUUCUAGAUCCAUUUCAGUUGAUCAAACUCAUUUCACUACUCAAGUACGAGGAACUUUUGGAUAUUUAGAUCCAGAGUAUUGCCAGUCAAACAAAUUUACAGAAAAAAGUGAUGUUUAUAGUUUUGGAGUUGUCCUUGCUGAGCUCUUAACUGGACAGAAACCGAUUUUUCCUGCACUAUCUGAAGGGGAUGAUAGAAGCUUGGCAAUCUAUUUUUCACGAUUCAUGAGGAAUAAUCGUUUAUUUGAAAUUAUUGACCUUCAUAUUGCCAAUGAGGUCGGAAAGGAAGAAGAAAUAACUACUGUUGCAAAGAUUGCAACAAACUGUUUAAACAUCAAUGGCAAGAAUAGACCAACAAUGAAGCAAGUAGCGAUAGAGUUGGAGAGGUUAAAAGGAAUAGACAAGCUUCCAACAAUAGAAGAGAUUUCUACUAACGAAAUGAGUCCACAUUCUCAACAUUAUGAUGGAGUUACUUCAGAGGAUGAAGAGACUGAAUACUUGCUUGUCACUACUGAAUCAUAA